UGUUCGACAUACGGAAGUAUGGUUACCCUACAAAGGGUGUAAAGAUCAAGAGAAGAAGAAGAAGAUCGGCAAUUUCCGGAGAAAAACCGAGGUCUGACGUCACAUUGUGAACACAUGUACUUCCGACAUUGCAAAAGACUACAACCAAGCGAGAAUAUAUACGAACGAUUUCAUCUACGACAAUGCCGAGAGGAGAUCGCGGAGGUUUAAGUAGAGGCACUGGGACGAGAUGUGUAGCAGCUAAAUGUGGGAACACAAAUGCGGAUGGAUUUUCUUUGCAUUCCUUCCCAAAAGACCCUAAUCUUCGGAAAAAAUGGACAGGGUUUGUGAAACGAAAGAGAGCCAACUGGGAUGGACCAACGGAGUGUUCAGCCCUAUGUUCCGCUCACUUUAUCAGUGAUGACUUCCCAUUCAGGCAUAGGUUCGAGAUUGAACACAUGGGUAGAGCCCCGAUAAGGGGAAGUUGAAUGUUGGUGCUGUACCUACUGUACAUAGUCCUAGUAUUGCAAAGCAAGUUAGCAUGGUUAAGGAGAAGCCUCUUGAAACAAAGCAACCUAUUCAGAUGGCCCCGAUACACUCACUUCCACUGGAGAUGUUAUCACCCUCAGAGACAUCAACAUGUCAAAGUUCUCCUCCAAAGAAGAUCAGAAGAGGCUAUUCAAAAAGAGAAGCUGCAAGGUUAGUUGCUGAUCACUAUCAUAAUACUAGUACUGUCAGUGAACCAGCUGAGAACGAGACUUCUGUCAGUGAACCAGCUGAGGACCAGACUUCUGUCAGUGAACCAGCUGAGGCUAUAGAUCAACCAAACAACCAUGUAAUGGAUUUUAAAGAGUUGGAUGAAGAAGGACAUUCCUAUGCUGUCAUCUGGACAACAGGCUUCAGAACUUGAAGGAUUUCAUUCGGUGGUGAAUCAUUUUGCACCUAAAAUGAUUGGGUUUUCAUUCCAUGGAAUGCUUUCUAGAAUGUAGAGUGUCUGAUGAAGACAGUUUUCAACAUUGCUAAAGUCUAGACAUGAACAAGGAAGGUAUUCAACAACUGGUAGACGUUCCACCUCCACUUUGUAGCCAGUACGAGAGACCAGACAAAGAUCAAGCCAUACAAAGCCUUCUAGCAAGAUUCAAUCACUGUCAGCCUCAUGAAAACCAGUGUAGUUCUGGUGCAGAUCACGGAAGACAGUCCGGAUCUUAAGUACCACACAAGAUGGAAUAACCACACGGACCUCUUUCCCUAGGAAAUGCCAACAACACUGUACAAAUUGUCUAUAAGCUGUAUAACGAUUUCUCCUGAAAUUAUAAAAGAUGUUCUUUUAAUAAUCUCCAGCAGUAAAUAUUUCAAGCAUGUUCAGGACAAGAUUAGUUGCAAAAUUUUAUAUUUUAAUAUAUAUAUAUUCACUUUUGAAUAGUAAAUGGGUAAUAUUACCAUGGAUAAAGAUAAUGUCCUGCUUGAAUAUAUUAAUAUAUAAAGUUUGAGAAUAAAAAUCAAUUUUUGGACAUAUGGACAGACGUACAAUUAGAUAAGGGUGAAAUAAAGUUACUAUGAACACAAAAAGAGGAAGUGUUGCAUUUUUCAAUGAGAGGUCAGGACAUAGAAUGCUUGCCAUUCAAAUCACACUAGCCAAGACUUAACAUACUAAAUAUAAGCAAUUAUAGAUUAUAUUUGCUGCACAGCCUUCAACACAGUGCAUUGAUUCACGAUUUAAAAAACAUAUUAUUUUUAUAAAAUAGAUUUUAAAAAUAAACCAAUAUAAAUGUUGAUGUUGAAAUACAGGACUGAAUUUCUUACUCAUUUCCAUGAUCAGGAUGCUCUCCAUAUUGUUGUCUAUACUGGUAAUAGGCAACUUUUAAUACAUGUAUAUCAAGGCACACUGGAUGAAAUCCCGGAUGGUCUGUUAUACAAGCUGUGUCAGGGUGUUAAUUUUUCACGUCAAGAAUUUUUGAAAUUUCACAACAGCAGACACACUCUCUUGCUGACGGCAUAACUGCACAAUGUCCACAAUUACACCUUGAAGAAAGCAACAGAUUUA